UCAUUCGCGUUAGUGAGAGGAAGACUGUUGGAUUACACUCUUCUCCCUCCUCCUCCUCCUCCUCCUCCUCCUCCUCCUCCUCCUCCUCCUCCCUUCCGGAAGAGAGGAAGAAGGGAGGGGAUGGGGGUCCUCAUCGCCCCCUCACUUAUACUUAGAAAAAUUACGAUGAUUGGAUGGAAAAGUGUGAGAAUAACACGGGUGGCGCGCGGCGGGCGGUGUGGGCGUGGCGGGCUGGUGAUCCUGGUGACGGGCGCCCUCCUCUGCCUCCUCCUACACGCCCUCACGCCCCACCCACGCCCUCUGGAGCCGCGCCGCCCACUUAGGAGGAUACACCAGGAGGAGGAAGACUACAGUGGCGCCAGGAAUAGUUUCGCAGUGGCGGACACCCAACACGCCCACAUUAACCAGACAUCAGGCGCCCCCUCCUCCCAAAGCCACGCGCCGCCCCCGCCCGCCCCGCCCAGCUCCCCGCCGCCGCCGCCCGCCGCCGCCACGGAAACAAAGAAAAUUUUUCCUAAGCCGUCAGCCAGCCAGCACAGCGAGACACAGCAGCUGCAUAGAUCACAGCAGGCCGUGGCUCUGAGCGCCCUGGAAUUCGGCUACAAAUUGACGCAACAGCAGAAGAAAUUACUGCAAGAUUUGACGCCACAGGGAAGGAAAGAAUUAGAAGAGAGAACGGCCAAGACACGUUUGGCACAAGACCGCGUGUAUUUGACCCACCUACGGCACAAGGGUCAGAUCGUGGCGCGGCGAGGUGGAGGCGAAGAGAUCGUGUCCCUCGCGAAUCGCACUGUCAGAUUUCCCGUAUUACUCAAGAAGGUGCCGCUAAAUCUGUGGCCUGAGCAGUACCGUGUGUAUUAUAACCUAACCCAUUACCCAUGGGUGAAGAGCAGAGGCUGUGAAAAGUUUAGCACUGUGUUCAAAGCCCCAGGGUCGCUUCCCCCACGUGGGCUGGCUUCCUUCCCCUCCUCUGGGAACACAUGGGUCAGGUAUUUAAUUGAGGGUGCCACAGGAAUCUUCACUGGCUCCAUGUAUGACGACACCUCCUUAAUGAUGAAAGGCAUGUAUGGUGAGUGGGUGGUGCACGACUCCGGCAUGACAGUGGUGCAGAAAAGCCACGGGUUCACCACUGGGGAGGCCAUGACUCUGGACGCCAAACACAGGAUGGGCCACAACCACCUGGAGGAGCUGGGCCAUCGUGGGGUGGUGGUCAUCCGGAACCCCUUCAAGGCACUCAUCUCACACAGACACCUUGACGUUGGAGGUCACACGGGUUAUGCCCCCAAAGCUCACUUCCUAGGACAAGGCUGGGCGGAGUUCGUGAGGCUCAAAAUCCGACUUUGGCGCGACUUUUACGAGGACUGGCUGAGAUCGACCAACGCCAGCGCCAUUUACGUCACGCACUACGAACUACUUAAAGCCAAUCCUGUGCGAGAAAUGCAAGGGAUACUGAGCUACUUAAACCUCCCUCAAGACACUCAACGAUUAAAAUGCUUAGGGAGAAAUUCAGAUGGCUUAUUUAAACGCAAACCAAGGCGUAAUCUUGAGCUUGAUUUUGACCCCUUUACUGAGGAGCUAAGAGGGUUAAUAUACGAUGCCAUAGACGCUGUUGACAUUGCACUGAAAGAGAGAGGGAAGAAGGGACUGCCAGUUGACAUAUAUGAGGUGUAUGACAAGGCAGAGGCUGAGAUGAUGAAGAUAAGAAGUAGAGAUGGUGAUCCUUUUAAGACUUUUGGGUGAGUGUUGAAAAAUUAAGUUACUAAUUUGUGUUAGACUGGAAAUCUGACUUGGGCUAUGAAUAUUUGUGAAGUGGUGUGAAUUUUAGCCUG